AUGGCAUCUCGACGGGGAACCAUUCUCCUCACUGGCGCCAAUGGCAGCCUCGGUAACGCCAUCGUGUCCAAGAUACUAUCGUCGCCCGACCUGGCCACGUCUUAUCAUGGCCUCUAUACCGUCCGCCGGGUCGACCGUGCCACCGCGCUGGACUCGCUGCUGCUCCGCAACGCCUCCACGCAACAGCAGCAGCACGCCCAUGAGACCGUCGCCCUGGACCUGUCGCGCCUCGAAUCAGUCCGUGAGGUGGCCAGGAGCAUCAACGAGCGGGUGGCCGCCGGCCUGCUGCCCCCGCUGCGAGCCAUCAUCCUCAACGCCGCGUACCAGGAGCACACCACCCAGGACUUCUCGCCCGACGGCUUCGACAUGACCUUCCAGUGCAACUACCUAUCCCACUGGCUGCUCGUGCUUCUGCUUCUCCAGAGCUUGGAUAAGGAACACGGGAGAGUGGUGGUGCUUGGCAGUUGGUCCCACGAUCCACUCGACUCCAGAAACGACAGCAUGGGGGCGUACAAGGAGGACCAGUGGAAGACCAUCUUUCACGACGCCGACUCCCUGGCCAAGGGCACCUGGAGUCCCACAAAGGAUUACCCGACAAUGGAGGGAGGCUUCCGACGCUACGGCGCAGGGAAGCUCUGCGAGAUAAUGAUGAUGUAUGAGCUUCAGCGGCGCCUGGACGCGGACACGGCUCUGUCCAACAUCACUGUCCUCGGCGUCGACCCGGGCGGCAUGGCCAGCGGCCUGACGCGCCGCGGCAGUCCCGUGCUGGUCUUCUUCGUGCGGUGGGCAUUCCCGCUGCUGGCGGCCGUCAUGACCUGGUUUUCGCCCAACGGCAUCCUGCGCCCCGUCUCCAAGUCGGCCGCCGACGUGCUCAGGGCCGCCUUCGACACGGCGCAGCUCGGCGAGCGGCCCAAGGCCGUGUACCUCAACGGCUCGGAGAUCGGGGAUACGAGCGCCGAGGCCAAGGAUCCCGUGAAGACGAAGCAGCUCUGGGAGGCCAGUGUGGGCUACACGGCUCUGAAGCCGGGUGAUACCAUCCUGUCGGGAUGGAAAUGA